AUGGAGCAGACCCGCCGACCACUGACAGUGGCAGUCAUCGGCGUCGGCCAGAUGGGCAUCAGCCACGCGUUGGCCUACCACCACAAUCCUGGCUUCGAGAUUGUCGCUCUUGUUAAUCGAAGUCCCAUCAAACACCUUCCGGAAGAGCUAAAGAUUUAUAAAACGCUUCGCGAUAUACAGGAGGCACUCUGCCUCAAGCCAAAUGUAGUAUCGAUUAACACGCACACGGCAACACAUGCUAACUACGCUGUGGACGCGAUGGAAGCCGGCGCCCACGUCUUCGUGGAGAAACCGUUAGCUGCAACGGUCGCUGAAGCGGAGGAAGUCGUGAACACAGCACGCCGCACAAAUCGGAAGUUAGUGAUCGGGUAUAUUCUUCGACACCAUCCCAGUUGGGUGGAAUUUAUUAGCCAGGCCAGACAGCUCGGUCCGCCUUUUGUGAUGCGAAUGAAUUUGAAUCAGCGAUCAACUGGCGAGGCAUGGAAUAUCCAUAAACGACUUCUUCAAGAUGCGAAGAACCCUGUCGUUGAUUGCGGAGUGCAUUACUUGGACGUCAUGCUUCAAAUCACCGAUAGUAAACCGGUACAGGUUCGUGGUAUGGGUCUUGCUCUCAGUGAUGAGAUCCCGGCAGGCGAUCAGGUCAAUUAUGGACAUUUGCAGGUUCUUUUCGCUGAUGGCUCAGUCGGCUGGUAUGAAGCUGGCUGGGGUCCGAUGAUGUCCGAGACCGCGUAUUUUGUCAAAGACGUGAUCGGUCCGAAGGGGUCCGUCUCUAUCGUCAUGGACGAGAUGGGCGUGGCAGCCGCCGGUGGCUCGGCUGAUGUAGAUAGCCACACGAAGACGUCGAAGAUACGUGUUAGCACUGUGGUUGAUGGGCUUCCGCGUGAUGAUAUCCUCUCGACGGAGGACGAACCGGGUCAUAAUGAGCUUUGCGCCCGUGAACAGCAGUUUUUGCUCGAUUCGAUUCUCGAAGAUCGAGAUUUAUCUCAGCAUAUGCAGGACGCGGUUCGAUCGCUGAGUAUUGUACUUGCCGCAGAUGCCUCGAUGCGUUCCAAUCGCGCAGUUGAUCUUCCUUGA